GCUGGAAGCGUGCGCCUCCAUCCGGGGAACUCAGCUCCAUGGCGAUGCGGCGAGCCUGUUGUGCGGGCCGGCCAGGCAAAGUCAAAUAACCCGGGGGAGGGUCGCCAGUCGGAGCUGCGUGAGAGAGGCGAAGUGGGGCGAGCUCCCCUUUGAGUUACAAUGCGUCUUUCACACGCCGCCCCGCUUAUGAGACAACUUCCCCGGACGCUCCUUCGACGCCGUGCGAGCUCCAACUGAGCACCGGGAAAGCGACGCUAUCUGCUGGGCAGGCGGGCGGGCGGGCGGGCGUUUGCCUGCGGGCAUGAAGAAGCCGAGCGCCCCGCUCCUUGCUGGCGCGGUGACCGGGAAAUGGUAGCGUUCUGCGGGCGCCGCAACUGGGCGAGAACAUGGUCGAGAGGAGCAGCAAAUUCUUGUUGAUCGUGGUCGGAUCUGUGUGUUUCAUGCUGAUUCUCUAUCAGUACGUGGCGCCCGGGGUCAUCAAUUUGGGAUCCCCGCACGGCUACUUCUCGGAGGAGGACGAGGGGGACAUCUUCCCCACUCCGGACCCCCACUACGUCAAGAAGUACUUCUUCCCGGUGAGAGACCUGGAGAGGACCAUCGAUUUCCAAAUCAAAGGGGAGGACGUGAUCGUGUUCCUGCACAUCCAGAAGACCGGCGGGACUACCUUCGGUCGGCACCUGGUGCAGAAUGUCCGCCUGGAGGUCCCCUGCGACUGCAGACCGGGCCAGAAGAAGUGUACCUGCUACCGACCCAACCGCAAGGAGACGUGGCUCUUCUCCCGGUUCUCCACCGGCUGGAGCUGCGGCUUGCACGCCGACUGGACCGAGCUCACCAAUUGCGUGCCGGGGGUCCUCAACAAGAAGGAGAGUAAGCAGAAGAAUCUAAGGAAGUUCUACUACAUCACGCUGCUAAGAGACCCAGUGUCCCGGUACCUCAGCGAGUGGAGGCAUGUCCAGCGGGGCGCCACGUGGAAGACGUCGCUGCACAUGUGCGACGGACGCACGCCCACGCCCGAGGAGCUGCCUUCCUGCUAUGAGGGCUCCGACUGGUCGGGAUGCACCCUGCAGCAGUUCAUGGAGUGUCCCUACAACCUGGCCAACAACAGACAGGUGCGCAUGUUGGCCGACCUGAGCCUGGUGGGCUGCUACAACAUGUCCACCGUCCCCGAGAAGAAGCGGGCCCAGCUCCUCCUGGAGUCGGCUAAGAAGAACCUGCGAGACAUGGCCUUCUUCGGCCUGACCGAGUACCAGAGGAAAACCCAGUUCCUGUUCGAGCGCACCUUCCGCUUGCGCUUCAUCAGGCCCUUCAUGCAGUACAACAGCACCCGGGCCGCGGGGGUGGACCUGGACAACGCUACGAUCCAGCGCAUCGAGGAGCUGAACGAGCUGGACAUGGAGCUGUACGACUACGCCCGAGACCUCUUCCAGCAGCGCUACCAGUACACGCGGCAGCAGGAGCGGCGGCUGCAGCGCAUGAAGAACCACAUGCAGCAGAGCCACCAGGGCCUGGGCCUCAGCCUGUGGCCCUCGCGCGGCCGCCAGACCGCCGGCCCCUUGUCCGACAACGGCGAGGAGGAGGAGGCGGGAGGCAGGACGGAGGAGACGGGCGGCGGCGUGAGCAGUCGACUCCCCACUGAGGACUACAUGAAUCAGAUCAUCAACCGCUGGUAGCGGCGGAACUUCGCUGACAAAGACCGCAAAAAAAACAAAACAAAAAAAGAGACUAUUUUGCAUUUAAAGUGUCGCCGAAAAGACCCCUCCCUCGGUCUUUAACUGUUGCCAUGACAACCAGGGCUCGCCCAUAUUUCCGCCCCCCCCGCUGGGUCCCUCUCUCCGUCUCCUGUCUUCAUUAGAGGGUUAUUUUUAUGCCGACGUUUUCCUUUCUUCUCCUCGGGCGAAGGAUCCGUCUACUUCUUGGACACUUUGAAGAGGAUUGAGCUUUUCUCGUCUUUAUACUUUUUUUUAAAGGCCUACUGAAACCCACUACUAGCGACCACGCAGUCUGAUAGUUUAUGUAUCAAUGAUGAAAUAUUAACACUGCAACACAUGCCAAUACGGCCGCUUUAGUUUACUAAAUUGCAAUUUUAAAUUUACCGCAAAGUAUCCUGCUGAAAUGACGCGUGACGUCACCGGUUGUAGCGGACAUGUUCUUCCGGCACCGAUCACGGCUAAAAGUCUUCAGCUUUAAUCGCAUAAUUACACAGUAUUCCGGACAUCCGUGUUGCUGAAUCUUUUGCAAUUUGUUCAUUUAAUAAUGGAGACGUCAAAGAAGAAAGAUGUAGGUGGGAAGCGGUGUAUUGCAGCUGCCUUUAGCAACACAAACACAGCCUGUGUUUCCUUGUUUACAUUCCCGAAGGUGAAGCUUUACUUUGGAACAGAGCGGUCAAGCGAACAUGUCAACCGGCAGGUUUAGGUGAGAAAAUUGUGGUAAUAGGUCGGCUCUUACCGUAGACAUGAGCGGAGCUUGCGUCCUCCUGCAGCUGCGGACUCUCUUACCUCCUCCCACCGGAGACACUGGCGGUUAUCACACCCCUCCGACUUUCAGGUACCAUAUAAUCUCACUAAAACACUAGUAACACGUUUGUUCUUUAAAAAUGUUUUUUUUGUGCCUUUAUGGUUUUUAAGUUAUUCUUUAAUAAAUCACCCCAAACUGAAACCAGACUUUUGUGCUGCAAACAUUUACCAACCGGCAUAGCUCGGUUGGUAGAGCGGCCGUGCCAGCAACUUGAGGGUUGCAGGUUCGAGUCCCGCUUCCGCCAUCCUAGUCACUGCCGUUGUGUUCUUGGGCAAGACAUUUUACCCACCUGCUCCCAGUGCCACCCACACUGGUUUAAAUGUAACUUAGAUAUUGGGUUUCACUAUGUAAAGCGCUUUGAGUCACGAGAGAAAAGCGCUAUAUAAAUAUAAUUCACUUCACAACACAAUAAGCAGAUAAGGGAUUUUCCAGAAUCAUCCUAGUAAAUGUGUCUAAUAACAUCUGAAUCGCUCCCACUGCCCUCAACAUUUUUUUUUUCUAGUCAUUCAUUGUCACGUUCCUCAUCCACAAAUCUUUCAUCCUCGCUCAAAUUAAUGGGGAAAUCGUCGCUUUCUCGGUCCGAAUCGCUCUAGCUGCUGGUGGUCAUGAUUGUUGUUUUUUUUUUUUGUGAGGAGCCCUACAGCCAGUGACGUCACGCGCACAUCGUCUGCUACUUCCGGUACAGGCAAGGCUUUUUUAUUAGCGACCGAAAGUUGCGAACUUUAUCAUCGAUGUUCUCUACUAAAUCCUUUCAGCAAAAACAUGGCAAUAUCGCGAAAUGAUCAAGUAUGACACAUCCCUGUUUAAAUAAGAAAAUCCCAUUUCAGUAGGCCUUUAAAAAAGCAGAAUUGUAAAAAAAAAAACAACCCUGAGACCAACAUUGCUGCCUGAAGAUUCCUCCACUUCUUCACUUCCCCCCCCCCUGUUAAAACAUUGGUGUAUAUCAGACCAUAGCCAUCACUGAAGCCCCCCCGACCCCCCCUCCAGAGCGCCUGUUGCUCCACCGCCAUUCGCUUCUUUCCCUUCACACCUGGCAGACUUUGACAGCCAAUUACUGGAUCUCACACAGGUUUCGGUGCCGAGGCGUCAAAAGUCAGGCGAAGUACGCUCGGAGCGAGCCGACAAACGCUGGGUAAGAAGCGGUCACCAUGGCAAUAACAGACCCUUAAUUUAGCAGGUGGCAUUUACACGUCCUCCUUUGAGGGGUGGGAAAAAAAAAAAAAAAAGCCGUCACACGAGAGUUUGGCCGCCGUUUGACAGCUUCGGGCGAGGUCGCUGUGCCCCCCGCGUGGCUUCAGGGUUUCUCCAAACUUUUAUUAUCUCAGAAUCCAAAUUUAGGGGGCUAAAAUGUGCAUAAAAUACACAGAAGAGCUCCUUAAAAUGUCCUCACAUGUUGACCCCAAUGUCAAAAAUGUCUGCUUUUUUAAUCAUAUUUUAUUUACGAAUGAUAUUUCUACUUGUUUCAGCAUUUUAAUAUGACAUAACUCAGUUUUACACAACAAGGAUUAGUAUUAUUUGUACUAUUUUAGACAUGCAUCUAGGGAUAGGUUGAUUGGCAACACUAAAUUGGCCCUAGAGUGCUCUAUUAAAAAGGAACAUUAUCACAAUUUCAAAAGGGUUAAAAACAAUAAAAAUCAGUUCCCAGUGGCUUGUUGUAUUUUUUGAAGUUUUUUUCAAAAUUUUACCGGUCCCGAAAUAUCCCUAAAUAAAGCUUUACAGUGCCUUAUUUUCGCUAUCUUCGAAACCACUAUCCAUUUCCCUGUGACGUCAUACAGUGCUGCCGACACAAACAACAUGGCGGUUACCACAGCAAGAUAUAGCGACAUUAGUUCGGAUUCAGACUCGGAUUUCAGCGGUUUAAGCGAUUCAACAGAUUACGCAUGUAUUGAAACAGAUGGUUGGAGUAUGAAAGUAUUGAAGAAGAAUUUUAAAGAAUUUAUUUGUAAAUUACGGUGGAAAAUAAGUAUUUGGUCAACCAUUCAAAGCUCUCACAUAUGGAAGGAGGUUUUGGCUCAAAAUCUCACGAUACAUGGCCCCAUUCAUUCUUUCCUUAACACGGAUCAAUCGUCCUGUCCCCUUAGCAGAAAAACAGCCCCAAAGCAUGAUGUUUCCACCCCCAUGCUUCACAGUAGGUGUGGUGUUCUUGGGAUGCAACUCAGUAUUCUUCUUCCUCCAAACACGACGAGUUGAGUUUACACCGAAAAGUUGUAUUUUGGUUUCAUCUGACCACAUGACAUUCUCCCAAUCCUCUGCUGUAUCAUCCAUGUAUCCAUUUUGGUAUAAACUCAACUUAGCUUUGAAUGGUUGACCAAAUACUUAUUUUCCACCAUAUUUUACAAAUAAAUUCUUUAAAAUUCCUACAAUGUGAAUUCCUGGAUUUUUUUUCCACAUUCUGUCUCUCACAGUUGAAGUGUACCUAUGAUGAAAAUUACAGACCUCUGUCAUCAUUUUAAGUGGGAGAACUUGCACAAUCGGUGGCUGACUAAAUACUUUUUUGCCCCACUGUAUAUCAUUUAUAUAUUUUUAUUUAUAAAACAUACGUAACAUAACAUAUUAAAGGUUUUUAAAGGGGAACAUUAUCAGCAGACCUAUGUAAGCGUCAAUAUAUACCUUGAUGGUGCAGAAAAAGACCAUAUGUUUUUUUAGCCGAUUUCCGAACCCUAAAAGGGUGAAUUUGGCGAUUUAAACACCUUUCAAUUGUUCGCUGUCGGAGCAAUGACCUUUCACCCGUGAUGUCACAUCGUGAAGCGACCCGCCAUUUUCUCAAACACAUUACACACACCAAGUCAAAUCAGCUCUGUUAUUUUCCGUUUUUUCGAUUGUUUUCCGUACCCUGGAGACAUCAUGCCUCGUCGGUGUGUUGUCGGAGGGUGUAACAACACGAACAGAGACGGAUUCAAGUUGACUUACGUGGAGUGUGCUAAUCAGACAUAACAAUGGUCACGGCAUGCUAAUCGAUGCUAACAUGCUAUUUAGGCUAGCUGUAUGUACACAUUGCAUCAUUGUCCCUCAUCUGUAGCUAUAUUUGCAUCCAGCCUUUCCCUCCACCCACAUUUAAUGCCAAACAAACACAUACCAAUCGACGGAUUCAAGUUGCACCGCACCAGUGGUCAAAAGAUGCGAAAGCCCCUCGCACACUUUACCGACGAUAGCGAUACUACGACAGAGAUGGCACAGAGAUGUGUGGAUAUCCUGCGACAGUCAAAGCAGAUGCAUUUCCAACAAUAAAGUCAACAAAAUCACAAAGGUGAGUUUUGUUGAUGUUAUUGACUUAUGUGCUAAUCAGACAUAUUUGCUCACGGCAUGACUGCCAGCUAAUCGAUGCUAACAUGCUAUUUAGGCUAGCUGUAUGUACAUAUUGCAUCAUUAUGCCUCAUUUGUAGCUAUAUUUGCAUCCAGCCUUUCCCUCCACCCACAUUUAAUGCCAAACAAACACUUACCAAUCGUUGGAUAGAAGGCGAUCGGCGAAUUCGUCCGCGCUUCCUCCCGUGCCGCUGUCUGUCGUGAUAUGGCUCAAAAGCUUCGGUUACUUCUUUAAUUUCGUUUUCGGUAUCUACCUCCACACUCCAACCAUCCGUUUCAAUACAUGCGUAAUCUGUUGAAUCGCUUGCGCCGCAGAAAUCCGAGUCUGAAUCCAAACUACUAUGCUAUACCUUUAUGUGCUAUCCGCCAUCUUUGUUUGUGGUGAUGUUACGCUGUGUCGUCACAGGAAAAUGGACGGGUGGAUAUAACGACGGUUAAAAUCAGGCACUUUGAAGCCGUUUUUCGGGAUAUUGCGUGAUGGGUAAAAUUUUGAAAAAAACUUUGAAAAAUAAAAUAAGCCACUGGGAACUGAUUUUUAUUGGUUUUAACCCUUCUGAAAUUUUGAUAAAGUUCCCCUUUAAUGAUAAUGCAAAAAUGUUUAACAUAUAUAGAGUCCUUUCUUUCAUGAAGACAAGAAUAUAGGUCGGAGUAUUACCUGAUUUGGAUGACUUGCAUUGAUUGGCAUCCGACAAAAGUGCGGAUAACGUCGGCAUUUUCAAAUGGAGGAGAACAAAAGUUCCUCCUUUCUGUCCGAUACCACAUGAAAGGGGUUGGUUUUUGGCAUCUUAUUCGUCCAGUUUCCAUACUCGUUUUCAUACACUUUACAAGAAAUCCAUUAGCUCCGUAGCUUGCUAGCUUGUGCACACCAGCUUUCUAAAACUCUUUAUUUUGUUAGCGCAGGCAAGAGGAAGCAGCGCUUUUAUUGUGAAGAUAGGAACUGUGCAGUCGGUCUUUAGAGUUUUGACAGCAGGUACGGCGCGAACGUGUUGAAAUAAAAAGUUUCCCGCCUUUCUGUCUAUCACGUUUUCUUAAUAAUGAGCUCGCAGCAGCCAGUGUCAUCUCACAAGACCCUCAGGUGUCGUGAAUGUCAAUCAAGUGAGGGAAGUGACUGUGACAUGUCUCCAGCCGUCAUCGUGUGGGUUGCAUUGACCAUUGACUCUUGUUUAUUCUUUCAAUAAAAAUGUUUUUUUUUCCAGUCGGUCGCGCCAAUUUCUAGCCCGACCUCCUUUCUUGCUUGUCUCGGCACGCCUUUCGGUGGCCGGUAGCUGCGUCUUCCGCGGGGGCUCAUCUUCUUCUGGGUCGUUCUCGUCGUCUUUGUUGUCCGUCGUUUCCUCUCCUAGUUCUGCCACGAUUGCUCCUCCUUCUCCCCUUUUAUGCUGUAGCAGAAGAUGCAGGGAUUGAGAGCAGGUGUGUCGUUUACGCACCUGACUCUGAUGGCUGCAGUGUCGCUCGAGGCGUGCCCCGCCUACUGGACACCAUCUUGGGCAGGGCCGCUGUUUGUCCUAGCCUACUGUCGGCUCGUCGGCUCCGUCUCUUCACAGUGACGUCUUGGUGAAGAUUGAUGAUCGCUAAUUUUUAGGUCUAUUUUUUUAAAUGCCUGGCUGGCGAUCGACUAACACAUGGGUGUCAAACUCUGGCCCGCGGGCCAAAUUUGGCCCCCCAUGUAAUUUGAUUUGGCCCUUGAAUUAACAUUAGAGCUGGCCCGCCGCCGUAACACCACAUUCACCACUAAUACUCAUACUCGUCAACCCUCCCAAUUUUCCCAGGAGACUCCCGAAGUUCAGUGCCCCAUCCCGAAUUUCUCCCGAUUUCCACCCGGACAAUAAUAUUGGGGGCGGGCCGUAAAAGCACUGCUUUUGUCGUUCUCUACACGUCGCCACGUCCGCUUUUUUUUCCCAUAAAAACAGCGUGCCGGCCCACUCACAAAAUAUAUGCAGCUCAUACACACACACAAGUGUAUGCAAGGCAUACUUGGUCAACAGCCAUACAGGUCACACUGAGGGUGGCCGUACAAACAAGGUUAACACUGUUACAAAUAUGCGCCACACUGUGAACCCACGGCAAACAAGAAUGACAAACACAUUUUGGGAGAACAUCCGCACCGUAACACAACAUAAAUCAAUCAAUCAAUCAAUCAAUGUUUAUUUAUAUAGCCCCAAAUCACAAAUGUCUCAAAGGACUGCACAAAUCAUUACGACUACAACAUCCUCGGAAGAACCCACAAAAGGGCAAGGAAAACUCACACCCAGUGGGCAGGGAGAAUUCACAUCCAGUGGGACGCCAGUGACAAUACUGACUAUGAGAAACCUUGGAGAGGACCUCAGAUGUGGGCAACCCCCCCCCCCCCCCCUCCCCCCUCUAGGGGACCGAAAGCAAUGGAUGUCGAGCGGGUCUAACAUGAUACCGUGGAAAUUCAAUCCAUAGUGGCUCCAACACAGCCGCGAGAGUUCAGUUCAAAGCGGAUCCAAGACAGCAGCGAAAGUCCCGUCCACAGGAGACCAUCUCAAGCGGAGGCGGAUCAGCAGCGUAGAGAUGUCCCCAAUCGAUACAGGCGAGCGGUCCAUCCUGGGUCUCAACUCUGGACAGCCAGUACUUCAUCCAUGGUUAUCGGACCGGGCCCCCUCCACAAGGGAGGGGGGGGCAUAGGAGAAAGAAAAGAAGCGGCAGAUCAACUGGUCUAAAAAGGAGGUCUAUUUAAAGGCUAGAGUAUACAGAUGAGUUUUAAGGUGAGACUUAAACACAACCGGACAAAUACCCAGAACCCCUUGCAUCACUAACUCUUCCGGGAUGCUACAAUAUGCACCCCCGCUACCACCAAACAUCGCCCUAACUCAAACCCGCCGCUGAAAAAAGGCAUUACAUUUGUGUUUUUAUUUUAUUUGAUAUGCCAGUGAUAUUUUUUUAUUAUUAUUAUUUGUAACUGGAUUUUGCAUGUCACUAUAAAGUUAUAUAAGCCUUACUUGGUCAAUAUUCAAUGCAAAACUUGUUUGGGUCCCUAUUAAAGGGUUCAUUUUGUUCAACCUCGGCCCGCGGCUUUGUUCAGUUUUAAAUUUUGGCCCGCUCUGUAUUUGAGUUUGACACCCCUGGACUAACACGUCCUCCGCGAUCGACCGGUAGCUCGCGAUCGACGUAAUGGGCACCCCUGCCGUACAUGGUUGUUAUUCAUCAUUUUUAAACGGGAUAUUUUUGUCAGGGGGGACAAAAUGUGACACUUUCUGUGCCAUUUUAGGCACUUUUAAGGGAGCUAAACGUUUGUCCGAAUGAGCCAAGAAGCUCUUAAUUGACUAAGUUUGGGAAACCCUGGUUUGCUUGGCCAGUAAAAAAAAAAAAAGAAAUAAAAAAAAUCUGCAUUAAAGUCAUUUUUCUUGACUAUUUGUGCAUGGGUGAGUGUGUGUGUAAAUACUAUGUAGGCCUUUGUAAAUAGUGGGCUUGACUGGAUGACUGACACUUUCACCACUAAUUACAAGGCUGUUUUAUUGUUUUCGGUGGUGGUUUUCACCCUCGCAGCCGAUAUACUCAUUCCUUCCUUCAAAGUACUCUCAUCCUUUAUUUAUUUGUUUUGUUUUUGUAGGAAUCCCGCCCCCAAAAUGUCAACACAGGGUUGGGUUCUGAUGGCGACCCCUCUUACUGGUACCAAACAGUAAGCGUUAUCUCGUUUUUUUUAUUUUUUACAUUAAAACAUUACUUUUAAACAAAUAUUAAUAAUUAUUAAGACAUUUUGGGUGUUUUUUUUUUCAAGAGUGUUUUAAUUAACUUUCUUUAAGGAAUGAAUUUGUCAGGCUUGCCACUGACUGUGUUUUAGUUUUUCCUCUGUGUGUGUUUAGUAUUUCCUGAUUUUAGUCCCUGUUAGCGCUCUUAUUUUGUCUGUUUCCUGUUUUUUUUUCCCUGUGCGCUGUUUCUCCUCAACUGUGGGUGAUUGGCACCUGGCCACACCUGGUGUCAAUCAGCCCACUCCUAUUUAUACCAGCUUUGUCUUCCAGUCAGGGCUGGAUUAUUCUGUCAGAGUUAGUUUGUGACGAAUCCCAAGAUGCAGAGAAGGAGGCAGGCAUUGAAUAAGGAAACAUGGUUUAAUAUAAAAUACUAGAACAAAACCAAACAAAGGGUACAAACAUAAAACAUGCACCUGGGCGGAUAACAAAAAAAAAGAGCUAGCAUGGGAACUAGAAAAUAAACGGAGUUUAGCAUGGAAGCUAGCAAAAACAAAAGGCUUAGCAUGGAGGCUAGCAUAAACAGAACAGGGAACAGAAGUCGUUACGUGUUGUACAAAGACAAAAUAGGAAGCAGGGAACCAAAAAACAGUAAGCUACAAACAUCUAACGAAUUAUAGCUUAUCGCUACGCUGCAACGACACGACAGGAGCGACAAUACCAUACAGAAGCAACAUGUAAUACCUGACAAUAAUCCAGCCCUGACUGGAAGACAAAGCAGGUACAAAUAGGAGCGGGCUGAUUGACACCAGGUGUGGCCAGGUGCCAGUCAGCGCAGCUGAGGAGAAACAGUGCACAGGGACAAAAAAACGGAAACAGACAAAAAAAGAGCGCUGAUAGGAACUAAAAACAGGAAAUAGUAAACACAAACAGAGGAAAAACUAAAACACAAACAAACUGUCAGUGGCAAGCCUGAAAGAAUUGAACUUCAUUUUCUGGAAUUAGUAGCCGUGGUUGCUAACAUAUGCUAACUUAAAAAAAAAAAAAUUGUUUUAAUGCUAAUUGAUUUGCUAAAAAAAAUAUCUGUUUUUUGAUUGUAAUCAUUUGACUUUGCCAACAAGUGUAGGAUUAGUGUACCCUAGCCAAAGAUUGUCUAUACAGGCGACGUCCCACCCUUGAAGUGCAGUAGAUCCCAGCUUAAUUAAUUAAAAAUGAUUAAAUUUGUCUGUUUUAAAUGAAUACGGUUACUUAAAAAAAAAGAUUGUUGGCGCCGUCUACUGGGGGAAAAUGGAUAUGAAUUUAUUAUUUUCCCCAAGGCAACAUUUUCCAGCAUGAGGAUGCUUUGACAAAAAUUUCCCAAUUUAAAAUGUUUUAAUAUUUAUUUUUUUUAUUAAAGGGGUUAACAUACUGAAAAGUCAAAGUAUGCAACAGAGGCCAUUUUGAUAUAUAUGUAUAUAUAUAUAUAUAUAUAUAUAUAUAUAUAUAUAUUUUUUUUUUUAUUUUUUUUUUUGUUUGGUAAAAAAGGAAAUACUAAAAAUCUAAUUUAAAAUUAAAAACAAAACUUAUUGUUGGCUUUAUGUUGUAGCGUAUUUUAUGGUUUUGUUUUAUUUUCACAAUAUGCUGCGUACCACAAAUUUGGACACCCCAUGGGUUAAGGCAGGGGUCACCAGGUCGCCCGUAAGGACCAGAUGAGUCGCCUGCUGGACUGUUCUAAAAUAGCUUAAAAAAAAACACUUACCAGUGAGCUGCCACUAUUUUUUUAAUUCUAUUUAUUUACUAGCAAGUUGGUCGCGCUUUGCUCAACAUUUUAAAUUCUAAGAGAGACAAAACUCAAAUAGAAUUUGAAAAUCCAAGAAAAUAUUUUAAAGACUUGGUCUUCACUAGUUUAAAUAAAUUCAUUUAUUUUUUUACUUUGCUUCUUAUAACUUUCAGAAAGACAAUUUUAGAGAAAAAAUACAACCUUAAAAAUGAUUUUAGGAUUUUUUAAACACAUAUACCUUUUUACCUUUUAAAUUCCUUCCUCUUUUUUCCUGACAAUUUAAAUAAAUGUUCAGGUAAAUUUUUUUUUUUAUUGUAAAGAACAAUAAAUACAUUUUAAUUUAAUUCUUCAUUUUAGCUCCUGUUUUUUCGACAAAUAAUAUUUGUGAAAUAUUUAUUCAAAAUUAUUAUGAUUAUGGAAAAUAUUCUGGCAAAUCUAGAAAAUCUUUAGAAUGAAAUUUAAAUCUUAUUUCAAAGUCUUUUAAUUUCUUUAAAAAAAAAAAAUUUCUGGAAAAUCUAUAACAAAUAGUGUUGUCUUUGUUAGAAAUAUAGCUUGGUCCAAUUUGUUAUAUACUCUAACAAAAUGCAGAUUGGAUUUUAAACAUGUCAUCAACAUUCUAAAAUUAAUCUUAAUCAGGAAAAAUUACUAAUCUUUUUUUUAUUUUUUUUCAAAAAAAUUCGAAUUAGCUAGUUUUUAUCUUCUUUUUUUCGGCUGAAUUUUGAAUUUUAAAGAGUCAAAAUUGAAGAUAAACUAUGUUUCAAAAUGUAAUUUUAAUUUUUUUUCCUGUUUUCUCCUCUUUUAAACCGUUCAAUUAAGUGUUUUUUUCAUCAUUUAUUCUCUACAAAAAACCUUCCGUAAAAGGAAAAAAAAUGUACGACGGAAUGACAGACAGAAAUACCCAUUUAUAUAUAUAUACAUAUAUAUAUAUAUAUAUAUAUGUAUUUAUUAAAGGUAAAUUGAGCAAAUUGGCUAUUUCUGGCAAUUUAUUUAAGUGUGUAUCAAGCUGGUAGCCCUUCGCAUUAAUCAGUACCCAAGAAGUAGCUCUUGGUUUCAAAAAGGUUGGUGACCCCUGGGUUAAAGUAUCAAAAAUAUGCAUUUUUAUGACUGCCAUUUUUGUUGUUUGUUCUUGGAAUGUAAUAGCAGGCAUCUACUGUACUCUAUUUCUGCUCUCUCAAAAUAUAAGUUACGUCAUCCAGUGCGAACGAUGUCAUUGUUUCGGUCCUGAUGACCCGGAAAUUACAAAUAAAAAAAAAAGGAAAGUGAAUAUUUUUGUAUUACCGAACACCACAAAAAAUGACAUAAGAAAAAUUAAUUUACACGGUUAAAGUUGCCGUUGGAAUAUUAUGACGGGAAAAUAUUUAAACACAAAAAUGUACUUCAUAUAUUUGUAUUUAACGCACCAAAUACUUUAUUUGGAAUCAGUUGAUAAAGAAAAAUAUAAUUUAAUUUUUUUUAAUCUUUUUUGGGGUCUAUAUAACUGUAUUGUCCGGGCUAUAAUAUAAGACGCACCCACUAAAUUUUAAAAUAUUAAAUAUUUUUCCAUAUUUUAGCAACACCAGACUUUAAGCUGCAGAUAUAUACGUACGAAAAAAUGUUGUAAAUGUUUAUUUCAUUGUUUGCAAACGGUCUCCGUAAAACGGCUGAGCGAACAAAACAGAAGCCCUCGUCAUCGACCCACUAGCUAGCUCUCCAAUCAGCGAAACGGACUCCACGGUGAACAAUUCAAAAAGAACGCCAUUGGAAGUUAAUAAAACUAACACAGACACUCGUAAACGCGUUAGCGUACUAGCUAAUGCUAACGUCUCUGGCUUGGUUACGAUGCGAUAGCACGCCUUUUCAGUGUUUUUCUUCGGAUUUUACGAAAACUAUUCGUGUUAUGGCCGUCGGCGAAGAAAAGUCCGUACAUUAGCCGCACUGUUUUGUAAGCCACAGGGCUCGAAGCGUCGGGCGAAAAAAGUUGUGGAAUAUUAUUUCGGGAAAAUAUUUAAACACAAAAAUCAACUUCAUAUAUUUGUAUUCAACACACCAAAUACUUGAUUUGAAACCAGUUGAUAAAGAAAAAUAGAAUACAAAACAAUCUAUGUCAUUUUUUGGUCUAUAUCACACGUUAGCAUACUAGCUAAUGCUAACGACACUGGCUUGGUUACGACGCGAUAACACGCCUUUUCAGUGUCUUUGUUUGGAUUUUACGAAAACUAUUUGCGUUAUGGCCAUCGGCAAAGAAAAAUCCGUACAUUCGCUGCGCCGUUUUGUAAGCCGUAGGGCUUGAAGCGUCGGGGGGAAAAAAGUUGUGGAAAAUUAUUAUGGGAAAAUAUUUAAACACAAUAAUCGACUUCAUAUAUUUGUAUUUAACACACCAAAUACUUUAUUUGGAACCAGUUGAUAAAGAAAAAUAGAAUACAAAACAAUCUAUGUAAUUUUUUGGUCUAUAUCAUAGGUUAGCGUAAUAGCUAAUGUUAACGACACUGGCUUGGUUACGACGCGAUAGCACGCCUUUUCAGUGUCUUUGUUUGGAUUUUAUGAAAACUAUUUGCGUUAUGGCCAUCGGCAAAGAAAAAUCCGUACAUUCGCUGCGCCGUUUUGUAAGCCGCGGGGCUCGAAGCGUCGGAGGGGGGGAAAAAGUAGUGGAAUAUUACCAGGGAAAAUAUUCAAACACAAAAAUCGACUUCAUAUGUUUGUAUUCAAUAUACCAAAUACUUUAUUUGGAACCAAUUGAUAAAGAAAAAAAGAAUACAAAAAAAGUCGAUGUCAUUUUUUGGUCUAUAUCACACGUUAGCGUACCAGCUAAAGCUAACAACACUGGCUUGGUUAAGACGCUAUAGCACACAUUUUCAGUGUCUUUGUUCGGAUUUUACGAAAACUAUUCGCAUUACGGCCAUCGUCAAAGAAAAAUGCGUACAUUAGUCACGCCGUUUUUGUAGGCCGCAGGGCUCGAAGCGUCGGGGGGGGAAAAAGUUGUGGAAUAUUAUUACGGGAAAAUAUUUAAACACAAAAAUUGACUUUAUAUAUUUGUAUUUAAUACACCAAAUACUUUAUUUGGAACCAGUUGAUAAAGAAAAAUAGAAUACAGAAAAAUCCAUGUAAUUUUUUGGUCUAUAUCACACGUUAGCGUACUAGCUAAAACUAACAACAUUGGCCUUGUUAUGAGGCUAUAGCACGCCUUUUCAGUGUCUUUGUUCAGAUUUUACGAAAACUAUUUGCAUUAUGGCCAUCGGCAAAGAAAAAUCCGUACAUUAGUCGCGCCGUUUUUGUAGGCCGCAGGGCUCGAAGCGUCGGGGGGGGAAAAAGUUGUGGAAAAUUAUUAUGGGAAAAUAUUUAAACACAAAAAUGGACUUCAUAUAUUUGUAUUUAACACACCAAAUACUUUGUUUGGCACCAGUUGAUAAAGAAAAUUAGAAUACAAAAAAAAUCGAUGUCAUUUUUUGGUCUAUAUCAUACGUGAGCGUACUAGCUAAUGCUAACAACACUGGCUUGGUUACGACGCAAUAGCACGCCUUUUCAGUGUCUUUGUUUGGAUUUUACAAAAACUAUUCGCAUUAUGGCCCUCCGUGAAGAAAAAUCCAUACAUUCGCCGCGCCGUUUUUAUAAACCGUAGGGCUCGAAACAUUGGGGGAAAAAGUUGUGGAAUAUUAUUACGGGAAAAUAUUUAAACACAAAAAUCGACUUCAUAUAUUUGUAUUUAACACCAAAUAGUUUAUUUGGAACCAGUUGAUAAAGAAAAAUAGAAUACAAAAAAAUCGAUGUCUUUUUUUAUUUAUAUCACACGUUAGCGUACUAGCUAAUGCUAACAACACUAGCUUGGUUACGACGCUAUAACACGCCUUUUCAGUGUCUUUGUUUGGAUUUUACGAAAACUAUUCGCAUUAUGGCCGUCCGCGAAGAAAAAUCCAUACAUUCGCCGCACCGUUUUUUUAAGCCGUAGGGGUCGAAGCGUUGGGGGAAAAAGUUGUGGAAUAUUAUUAUGGGAAAAUAUUUAAACACAAAAAUCGACUUCACAUAUUUGUAUUUAACACACCAAAUACUUUGUUUGGCACCAGUUGAUAAAGAAAAAUAGAAUACAAAAAAAUCGAUGUCAUUUUUUGGUCUAUAUCACACGUUAGCGUACUAGCUAAAACUAACAACAUUGGCCUUGUUAUGAUGCUAUAGCACGCCUUUUCAGUGUCUUUGUUUGGAUUUUACGAAAACUAUUCGCAUUAUGGCCAUCGACAAAGAAAAAUCCGUACAUUAGUCACGCCGUUUUUGUAAGCCGCAGGGCUCGAAGCGUCGGGGGGGAAAAAAAGUUGUGGAAAAUUAUUAUGGGAAAAUAUUCAAACACAAAAAUCGACUUCAUAUAUUUGUAUUUAACACACCAAAUACUUUGUUUAGCACCAGUUGAUAAAGAAAAAUAGAAUACAAAAAAAUCGAUGUAAUUUUUUUGGUCUAUAUCACACGUUAGCGUACUAGCUAAUGCUAACAACACUGGCUUGGUUACGACGCUAUAGCACACAUUUUCAGUGUCUUUGUUUGGAUUUUACGAAAACUAUUCGCAUUAUGGCCAUCGGCAAAGAAAAAUCCAUACAUUCGCCGCGCCGUUUUUGUAAGCCGCAGGGCUCGAAGCGUCGGGGGGGGGAAGUAGCGGCUUGUAGUCUGGAAUUUACGGUAAGUAGGUUUGUGUGAGUGUUAAUAGUUUUACGUUUCCCCAAGCACAAAAUUAAAAUAUUUAGAAUGUAAUAACAUUUUGUUUUCUACCUCGACUUGCCAUCUUUGAGUACAUACAGUAGCUUUUGUGUAACAACAGCAGCAGUAACACAUGUACCACCGUGUAACAAUCAGUUGGCUAAUAUAUAAACAACAUUAAUAUUUUUUGGGACAUAAAAAGAUCUCCCGCGACCCCAAUAGGGACAAGCGGUAAAAAAUGGAUGGAUGGAUGGGUGAAAAGAUCUCAUUUCAUUACUAAAGAAAUACCGUCUGACAUGUGAGCCGUCAAAACCCAACCCCAGCUUCAAAGAAAAAGCGAAAGCAGCGGGCAUGAAGGAGCCGCAGAGGGAGAAGAGGAUGUAGAAGUGGCAAAGUGGCACCUUUUCAUGGCACAGAAUGUAGUGUCACGUUACUUUCACAUCACUCUGCAUCCGCCUGUGUCCAGCUCUUACACACACUAUGCUGCUCUUUCUCUAGCUCUUUCCAUGGAAAUGCAAUAGAACCCAAAGGGAAAAUGGUGAUUUUUGUUGUUGUUUUGUAUUAACUUCCAAUUGUGCGACACAGAGUGCAGCUCCGCAUGACAUCAUCGUCAUGCCAACCCUUCUGUGAAAAUAUCCAAAUUUCACUGAAAUGAUUCCAGAAUAAUGUCUUAACAGGAGUUUCCAUCGUGACAGGAAAGCGAUCCAAGCGUGGUUAUCCUGGUAUUUUUAUAUUCUUUUUAUUUUUUCAAAUCUGUGUAGAAGAGUGUGAUUGAGACUGUGUUUUUUUGUUUUUUUUGCCGUCUGUCUGCGGCUCCUUGUGUACGCAUCAUUCUGGGCUCUGGUUCUUUUGAUUGCAGCAAUGAAUCAUCAUCAUCCUCAAACCACCAAUUAAAAUAUUUCAUUUUUACAGA